CGCAGCACACAAUGGAAACCCACACACACAACGGGAGCAGCGGGCUGCUUUUUUGCAACCAGCCCCACGGCUUGCCCGACCCGCCGGCCCUGCAGCCUGUCUGGGACUCGGUCCUAAGGCGCGAGGGCUUGCUGAAGUCUCCGCUCUUCCCGGCGCUCUUCAACUUCGCCGUCUACACCGCUUUCUGCUCGCCUUUCGUGGCGCUGGAUUUGCUCAGCCCUUGGCUCCCCUUCUUGAGGAGGUACAAAAUCCAGCCGCAGAGCUCGCCCACGCCGCAGAUGGCAUGGCUUUGCCUGGCCCAGAGCAUCUAUCACCACGUCGUCUUCAUCUUCCCGGUGACUGUGGCGCAUUGGUACUGGAGACCCGUCAGCCUGCCGCGCAUGGCUCCCGAGGUGCCAACGCUUCUCCUGCAGGUGGCUGCUUGCUUGCUGCUCUUCGACUUCUUGUCCUUCUUGUGGCAUCUGCUCCACCACAAGGUGCCAUGGCUGUACAAGAACUUCCACAAGGUCCAUCACAAGCACAUCUCUACCUUCGCUCUCACCACGCAGUAUGCCAGCGUUUGGGAGCUGGUGUGGCUGGGUUUUUUCACCGUGGUUGGUCCAAUGCUGUUGAGGUGUCAUCCGUUGACGGAAAUGACCUUCUUCAUAGUCAACAUCUGGUUGUCCGUAGAAGACCAUUCUGGCUAUGACCUGCCCUGGUCAACCCACAGACUGGUGCCUUUUGGCCUGUACGGGGGAGCACCUCACCAUGAUCUCCACCACCUGAAGUUCAAGUUCAACUAUGCGCCUUACUUUACGCACUGGGACCGGUUAUUUGGGACUCUCAGUCACUCUGCGAAGCCAAGGAAAGUCAAGGGCAACCAAGAUUAAUUUGUAUCCUCAUCUUUCACUUUAUCCUUCCCGGAGUCGAUAUUUUGGAAGCUCUGGUGUGAAAACGAAGGGAGGAAAUUUGCACUGAACUUAUUUAUGCAAAUAUAUUUAUUCAGAUCUUAAUAUUUAUACUUUGGGGUUUGAUUGCAAUGACACAAAACGGUGUGAAAGAGAGAAGAACGUAUUUUUGUUUUUUUGUGAUGGCAUCAGUACUUUUAUGAAGCUGCUAAGAAAAAUUGCCAUAGAUAUAUAUGAUAUUGCUGGCUGAAGAUACAUAUUUAUAUUAUUAUACGUUACAUAAUGUAAUUCCUGUGGAAUUUGUCUCAUCUUCACAUUGAAGGCUUCUUUUUAUAAACAUUUCUAUUCAUUUGCUAACCUGAAAGUAGCAGUGAUCUUUGUG